UUAUUAAAUUAUUUAUCAUCAUCAUCAAUAAUAAUUUGAAUAAAGAAGAUAUUAUUAUUGAAAUAAAUCGACAAAAACAUUCAAUAUGACUCAGACGACAUAUUUUCUAACCAACGGUAAUAGCCUUGAAGAUUGUCAUACAAAUUUUUUCGCCUUGGCCGAUCUAUGUGGUAUAAAAUGGCGACAAUAUUCAUAUGACAAAAAUUUUAAUGAUCUUAAUGAUGAUCCAAUAUUAUCAUCAUUUUCACGUUGUAUAAACGCUAAUCUAUUAUGUGUUUGGCGCCGUAUACGUAAUACAAAUUCAUCAUUAUCUACAAAUACUCAGGAUAAUAAUAAUACAAAUACACAUCAUCAAUAUCGUGAUCAAAAUUAUUAUACAAAAGAAUUAUGGAUAUUUUGGUAUGGUGAUGAACCAGAUUUAAAAGAUUUGGUUACACAAAAUCUCAAAGAAGGUGAACAAGGAUCCUGGGAAAGUGGUCUUUCAUAUGAAUGUCGAACAUUAUUGUUUAAAGCAUUACACAAUCUAAUCGAAAGAUGUCUAUUAUCAAAAGGAUACUCACGUAUUGGUCGUUGGUUUUUUCAGACCAAAAAUCGGCCACAAUGUCACAAAGAAACAGCAGCAGCUACAAAUGAUACAACAACAAUGAGUGAUAUUCUCAAAGAAGGAACACAGAUAACAUUUCGUUUUAAUUUUUUCCUACAUGGUGAUAGUAGUGUUUGUGCAAAUGUCGAUGUACGACAACAUUCAUCGAUUCGUUCAAUCACACGUGAUGAUUUACAUAUGGCUCAACAGAUUCCUGAUGGAAUGCAAGUAUUGCUAUCACCAUAUGGCGUACAAGGUUAUCUUACUGGCUAUGUAUAUAAAGAUAAUGAUCCAAAUGUACAGAAAUUUUUGUCCGAUUGGAACAAAAUCUAUCCCUUGUCAUCAUCAAAUAUGAAUAAUCCAUCAUCAUCAAUGAAUUCUUCAUCAAGUGCUAAUAAUAAUAAUAAUAAUACAAAUAAUCAACAAAAAAGUGCAAAAGAUAAAUCUAUACCGAAUUCAAACGAUAAUGAUCAUAUUGGAUUGGAUUUAUCACAAAAAGUUGUUGAAAUUAUUGUUGAUAAUUGUCGAUUGAAAUAUCCAGCAAAUUAUGUAUUUGUAACGGAUGUUGAUGCACAAAUAUUUCGAAAAAAAGUAUCAUUACAAUCACCAUCAUCACCGAAUUCAAAUAGUUGUCCAUCAUCUCAACUGAUGAUGCAAAAAACAAAAAAUUUAUUCGAAUUUUCAAUACAAACACAAAAAGAAUCGGAUGAACAUCUUGAACAGAUGAAAUUAAUAAUGCCACCAUAUUAUAAUCAACAACCAAAUGAUAGUUAUUAUUUACGAAAAAGUUAUAAUCGAAUUUCAAAUAUUUGUGAUCAAAAUGAAAAUGAUAAGAAAAAUGUAACGACAACGGUCGAUGAUGACGAAAUAUUAUUAAGGCGAAAUUGUAAUUGUCCAAAAUGUUCAAUUUCUCAACGUCGAAAUUCAUCCAAAUUUUUAUCAUCAUCAAAUUCUGCAACAAAUUUAUCAUCAUCAUCAUCAUCCUUAUAUUGUUCAUCAUCGGGUAAAAAUAUGGGUAAAGAUAUGAAAAAAUGGUCAUCAUCAUCAUCAUUAUUGAAAAAUUUAUCAUCAAUAAAUUCAACACCAUUUCAUCAUCGUACAACAAAUAAAAUUGAUUUAAAUAAUCAAUUUAAUAUUUUGCCAACAAAAAUUGAUUGCAGUAAAUCAUCUAGUAAUAAUAAUAAUAAUAAUAAUAAUAAUGAAGAAAUGUCAAAUCAGUCCAAUAAUGGUAUUUCUCAUUCAACUCAAUCAUCAUCAUCAUUGUAUAAAAAUACACCUGGAAAUGCUGUUGGCGGUACUGGAUCAACAACAUCAACAUGUGUUGAUCAAUCAUCAAAUUCAUCAUUUGUUCAACAACAACAACAACAAUCAGUGCAGGAUCAUCAUAAUUCUCAAUCAAAUCAUAUGCAAAUUGAUUCUGCUAAUAAUCCAAUGGAUUCACAAAGAUCACAACAACAACAGCAGCAGCAGCAGCAUCAAACCGCAUCACAAUCACUUUUACCACCUCCACCACCACCUCCAAUAAUGAAAGAAGAAUCAGCAUUAGCCAGUUUAAUUGCAGCCAGUACACCGAUUCUUAAUAAUAACAAUAAUCAAAUGAUUCAUUUAUCAAGUCCAACUGGAAUAACAUCAAAAGAUUCAAAUAAUAAUCAUAAUGAUAAUGUUAUGAAUGAAUCGAAUAAUAAUAAUAAUAAUAAUAUUCAAAGUGAUAAUAAUGAAAGAAAUGGCCACAACAACAAUAAUAAUAAUAAACGAAAUAAAUGUUCAUCAUUUUAUGAUGAUGAUCUAACAUAUAGACUUCGUAAUGGUUUACUAUAUGAUUUUAGUGAUGAAACAUUAUUGAAUGAAUGGGAUUUAGAAAUGGCUCAAAAAAAUCGUCGCUUCAAAUCGAAUCAUACAAUAUAUCGUAAUAAUGAUGAUGAAUCAAAUAAUCAUCAAAAAGAUGAUCAAAAUCAUCAUAUGAAUAAUAAUAAUAAUCAUUAUCAAAAUAAAUUAUUUGAUCAACAAAAUGAUGAUAAAACCAAUAAUUUGGCCACAUCUACACCGAUGAUCAAUAGAUUAUUGAAUAGUAGUACAAUGAAUUGUAUUAAUUCAUCGGAAAUUCUUCGUUCAAAUCUUUCGGCUCCAAAUACUGGUGCUAAUGGUAUUGGUGGUGGUGGUGGUGCGAUUUCACCACUUACAAAUGGUGGAAUUUUACCACCAUCAUUUGAUCAUAAUAAUUUAAACAAUAAUAAUAAUAAUAAUGGAUCACAAUUUUCAACAUUAAAAUCAAAAUUAUCACCAACUGAUAGUGAAAUGAUUAAGAAUACAGUAAUGAAUUGUCAUAGUCUUAAUGGAGGUGGUAUUGGUGAAAAAUUGGUCGUUAAUCAUAAUGGAAAUUUGUUUGUUAAAAAUGGUGAAAUUUUGCCAAGUGAUUUGGAAUUUUUAAAUUCACCAUUAGAAGACGAACAACAACAACAACAACAAUCACUGAAUUCUCAAGUUAAUCAUCAUCCAAAGAAUAAUAUGAAUUCAAUGGAUGUGGAUAUGACAACGACAUCAACAUCGAAUAGUUCAACAGCUGUUCUUGGUGUUGCCGAAUUAAGUCGAAUGUUUCCAACACCACCAUCACUUGAAGCAAUGGUAUCAUCACCAUCAAAUUCAUAUGUAACAGAAGUGGCUACAGUUAAAUCGAUUAAUGAUAAAAAUAGUAAUGAAUCUGAUAUUGAUUCAAUGGCUAAUAAUCAUAUUAGCCAUCAAAAUAAUAAUCGAAUGGAAACACAAUCAUCAUCAACAUCCUCAUCAACAAUAACAGCGUUGGUUCCACAUUCAUCGACAUUAACACCAUUAAAUGAUAGUGAAUCAAAAGAAUUAGCAUUAGUUUAUAUGCCACCUGUUCAAUCCGUAUUUAUUACAUCGGAUAAAUAUGCACCAUUAGGUAAUGUAGAAUGUAAAAAUACGUUACCACCGAAUUUCCAUUAUAAACACAAUAUUCAUCAUCAACGAUCAUCAUCUAAUUCUCAUCAUCACCAUCAUCAUCAUCAUCAUCAGCAACAAAAUCAACUGCAUCAUCAUCAACAUCAACCAACACCGCAACAGAUGCAUCAUUAUCCUCAUUCGAAUAUGCGAAGUUUUUCACCAAACAUAUCACCAUUUUCUGGUGGUCAUCCAUUGCAACAGCAGCAACAAUCUUUUCUAAAAUCAAACCAAAAAUUUCCUCCAAAUUAUCCAAUGCAACAACAACAACAAAACAUGAAUAGUCCAAAAAUGGGACAACAAUUUCCAAAUUCAAUGAUACGUGGUCCUCGUGGCCCAUCGAAUUUUCCAUUGACACCGGUUCCACAAUCAUUACCACCUCAUCCAAUGCAUUCGGCUCAUCCAAGAUUACGUCAACAAAUAAGUCCUAUUUCAAGCGGCGCUGGUGGUGGACAUAGUCCAUAUGCAUUAAUGGAUGGAAAUAUGAAUUCACCUGGAUCAAUGAUAGAUAAUCGUCGUUCACCUUUUAUGUUUCCACAGCAAUCACCAAAUAUGAUGAUGGCUAAAAAUCCAAUGAUGAUGAAUCCAUAUGGUGGACCACAUCCAUCACAUAUGCAUCAUAUGGCUAAUGAUGGUCGUCACAUGGGAUCAAUGACAAUCGAAUGUAAUUCAUUGAUGCUUAAUCUGUUACUAUCGGAUUCUAUGUUUAACCUGUUUCGUGAUCAUAAUUUUGAAAGCUGUGCGAUUUGUGUUUGCAAUAUGAAUAUCAAAGGAAAUGAUUUUGGUAUCUAUUUGCCCGAAAAUCUUGUCCAAAGAGAUCAUCAUCAACAACAACAGCAACAAAAUUCUGAUCAAUACUAUCAAUCAUGUAGCUGUGGUUUUAGUGCCAUUUCAAAUCGUCAUCUUAGUUAUUUUGCCGGAUUAUUCUAUGAAGAUGAGGUUGAAAUUACCGGUGUAUAUUACGAUCCAAUCGAAGCAAAUAAAGAAAAUCUAUUAUUACCGGAUUCACAAAAAGAUCAUAUGAACAAACAGAUUGAAGCAUUUAUUGAUAAAGAUCUGACGAAAAGUUUGAUAGCCACUAAUGAUGAACAAUUUAUUCAACUUUUAUUGAAUCAAUCGAUGACAAUAUUUCCUUCCGUUUCGACAUUAGCCAAUCUUAUGUACUGUGAACGUCGUCAACAAUAUUUGCAUUCAUCAUUGAAUAUGAAAAAUAAAUCAAAUCAAAUGGAAAGACUUCGAAAUCCAUUACGAUUAUUGUAUGAAGAUUAUUCAGUUAUAAUUCAAAUGUCUUUACAGCAGGCUAGAUCUGAUCAUUCAUCAGGAUCUAAUACACCAACAGCUAAAUUAUUUCAACAUGGUGGAUGGUCUAAUGGUUGUCCAUCAACACCUUCACAUAUUGGUGGUCCAGGUUUCUCUUCUAAUCGUCCACUUUUACAUGAUUGGCAAUUCCGAAAAUCUAAUUUUCCAGUUAAUAAUCAUGAAGUGAUGCUUACAUUAAAAACAUUACAGCCAUUGAUGCAAGAAUCUGUACAACGGAAAGGAUCAAGUGAAGUGACAUAUAAUACGGUUAAAGGUCCAUUAACAUGGCGACAAUUUCAUCGAUUAGCAGGUCGUGGAACUGAAUGCCAAUGUGAACCACAACCAAUACCAUCAUUAAUGGUUGGAUAUGAUCGUGAAUGUGUUGCAUUAAGUCCAUUCGGAUUAAAAUUUUGGGAAAAAUUAUCAUUAGAACCAUAUGCCAUAACACGAGAUGUUUAUUAUGUUGUCAUUGCACCGGCCGAUAUUGAAUCACAACUUUCAACAGUUAAAAAUUUUUUCAAAGAAUUAUCCGCUACUUAUGAAAUUCUACGUCUCGGACGACAUACACCAUUGGGAAAAUUAUACAACGAUUCUGGUAUCUUUGUUCUUAACAAUGAUAUUGGAAAUGGAAAAUUUAAUUUAAACAAUAAUGAUUAUCAACAAUCAAUGGAUGAUUGGUUUCAACAAUUAGGUGAUAGUAAUUUGGCAAGAAAAAUUCGUUCAUUUGCAAAUGCAUUAUUGGAACUUUUGCCAUCAUUCACACCAACAUCUGUCAAUGAUCGUUCAAUGAAAUCGGAAAAAUCUUUAAAUUCACAUCAAAAUCAACAUCAACAUGAAAUGUCAUCGUCAUCGACAAAUAAUGGAAAUUCAAAUCAUGUUACAAUGAAUGGUACUUCAUCUUCAUAUACAUCUUCAUCGAAUACAACAACAACAACUUCGACAACAUCUUUAUUAUCUUCAUCAACUUCAUCAUUCAAUAAUAAUAAUAAUAAUAAUCCUCAACAACAAAAACCUUUAAAUAAUGGUUUGAAUAAUGGACAACAACAAACACAAUCGGAUAAUAAUAAUAAUGCUAAUGGUAAUGGUAAUCAAAUUCUAAAUGAUUUGGAUGCAUCACAUGGAUCAUCAAAUCAGGAUCAUAAUCAUUCAGGUUCAUCAUCAUCGAAUGUAUUUCAACCAUAUGAUGAAGAAGAAGAUCCUCAUAAAUAUCCAUCAAUAAUGAUCUAUAUAUUGGAAUCAUUUUCACCGUUAGGCAAAGAAAUGACACGAUUAGGUUCAAUUGGUCUAUUGAAAACGUUUGCAAUGUUGAAAAAAUAUUUUCCGGAACAAAUGCGUAAUAAUGUUCAUAUGCAAAUGUUAACAAUCGAUUCGAUAUGUUCGAAUGAUAAAGAUUUUCGUGAUUAUCCACGUCUGUCACAAUUGAAAGAAUUAUCAUUCGCUGUUUAUGGCCAAUGUAAACAACAAUUGGUCGUACAAUCGAAUAUCAAAAGUUUGACUGGCCUAGGACCGGCUGCAUCAUUUGAAUUAUUUUUGAAAAAUAAAGCAUCAACUUUCAAUCGAACCGAAUUAUUCACUACACCUUAUAUUCUAGCAUCGUUGAAAGAUAAACAAACCGAACUUACUGAAACUUUUGGAGAUCGAAGAGAAAGAUCACAAAUACUUUAUUGUAGUUAUUGCUUAACGGAAGAUAAAAAAUGGCUUCUUGCUUCCUGUACGAAUGAUCGUGGUGAUAUUCUGCAUACGAAAGUUAUCAAUAUCAACAUACCGAAUCGUAUGCGACGAAGAAAAGCAUCGAUACGUAGAUUUGGAUUAGAUAAAUUGAUGAGAUUUAUGCAAACAGUAAUGGCCGAAUCAGUAACUCCAUGGCGUCUUGUUAUUGGUCGUGUUGGUCGUAUUGGUCAUGGUGAACUUAAAGAUUGGACAUUUUUAUUAAGUAAAAAAUCAUUACUUAAAUAUAGUCGACAAUUGAAAGAAAUGUGUGAUCAAUGUCGAUAUGUUGGACCUAAUGAUCAACCGGCUAUUUAUUCGGCAUGUCUAAUAUCAUUAGAAGCUGAUACAGCAUUACGUGUAUUUCCCAAUUAUUAUACACCGGAUGAAAGAUUUAGUAGUUCGUGCAAUACAUGUGGCCUUUCAACACCUGAAGAUGCAUCUUGUACACAUAUUCUUGUAUUUCCAACAUCGGCUACCACACAAUCAUCACAUACAAAUUUCAAUCUAAAUGAUGAAUUUUUCAGUAAUUUAGAUGAUAAUAAUCUUGAAUCUGAUAUACCGGUUGAAGAUGAUUUAUUUGAUUUUUUAUUACCCGAUGAUUUUUUAUUACAACCUCGUGAUGGUCUUCAACCGGAUAGUCCAAAUAAUCGACAAAUGUUUGAUACAUCCAAUUCAUUGAAGAAUUCUAGCCUUAUGGAUGUUGAUCAAGAUGAACCUGCACAAUUAUCGCAACAACCAUUGGCAUUAGCAUUUUAUGUAUCAACAGCACGUACCGGACCAUUACCACGUUGGUUUUGGGCACAUUGUCCUCAUCUGGAAAUUCAAUGCCCUGUUUUUCUAAAGUCGGCCCUAUUGAUUCACACACCAUCAGUACAACAGAAUACUGAUGAUAUUUUACAAUCGAAUAAUCGUGAUGGACAUUCACUUGAUUCAAAUCUUACCACUGAUGUUUUAAGAUAUUCACUCGAAGGAUAUAAUGCAUUAUCAUGGCUUAUACUUGAUCCAUUAACUAAUGAUCGUUUAUCAUGUUUACCGGUUCAUAUACAGGUAUUGAUGCAACUUUAUCAUACAAUACAAGCAUUACAUGUUCAAUAAUGAAAAAUUGACAAAUAUGAUUCAUCUGGUAUUUUGUUG